GGCAGUUGCAGUGAUAGUGGCAGUAACAGCAACAAUGACAAUAUGGAAUUAACGAUGCGCUUGACGGAUAGUACAGCAAAUAUGAUGAUUUCCACCCUUAACGAUCCGGAGGAGCCUUUUACACCGCUGUUGGAACAAACAGCUACAAGUGUUACAGGCUGUCUCACAAAUGUUCUAAAGUCAGCUGCAGGCUCGAGUCAGGAUGAAACAGACUCGCUUGUUACCCCACCCUCUCCAGAGUUCGUGAAAAAGGCCUCUGAAAAACUAAGCAACAUGAGUGAUGCAUUUUUCGGCCGCUUGGUUCCAUCAGAAGAUCUGGUCCUAAAAACUCCAAACUUGGCAAUUUCUUUGAAAAAGGUCACAGCUAAUGAUGCAAAAGGACUCAGCAUGGGAGAUGGACCAAGUAAAUUUAAACUCCCAAGCAGCCUUGGAAAUAUAGGUGGUGGAGACAUAAAUGCAAAGAUGCAGGCUAUUGAUUUUAACCCUUAUACCUGGGACAAUAGCAGCAAGAAAAUUAAAUCACGUAUCACGAGUCUUGAGCUUAAAAGUAACAGCGCGGCAAAUAUAAAUGUAUCAAAUCUUGACAACGACAUCGAGAUUAUCAUUCCGAUUUCCAGUCCACCGCAGAACUCCACCAACGGGACGCAGCACAACUUUCUUAAGCCAAAUCAGAUGUCAGCUCGUAGUUAUUACGCAGAACUAGCCAAUGUUCCUGUCUCUCUUAAGUUGGGUGAGGUCAAAGCAGGAAUACAAAUCAAGUUGUUCAUAAAAUUUGGCAAAAGACCAACGAUAGAUGAUUUUGACUUCAAUUUCACACUGAUCUUUACAUCUACAUGUGACAACCAAACAGAUGUUAAUUCAACCUGUCAGAGAUCAGUCAGAGAUAAGUCUGUGACAGUGAUACCAUCCAAGUCGGGUUUCCUUUACGCGGGCGUGUUGUUUGAAAGCCCAAAGAAUGAAAGUCAACAUUCUAGGCAAAGAAGAUCCUGUUUUGGUCAUCGUCGAGAAAGACGGUCAUGCGUUGGCGUUAAAGAUCCCCCACCCAAAGGAUUUCUCAACACUGUGGUUCCGAAGUAUGAUCCAAACACUGACCUUAACUAUAGUUUGACCAUCACCCAGUCGAGUUGUUUGUAUUGGUCAGAAAAUACAGAAAAGUGGACUGCGGAAGGUUGCCGGGUUAGCGAAGAUUCGAAUACUACCCAUCUUAAAUGUCUUUGCAAUCACUUAACAUCAUUUGGUGGAAACUUCAUCCAGGCACCAAAUCCAAUUGACUUCGACAAAGUGUUUACUGAGUUUUCAAACCUUGCUGAAAGUGGCAACAUUUCAGUUCUUGUGACAAUUGCCUGUUUUUUCCUUCUGUACUUCAUUGUCUUGGUUUUUGCAAGAAAGGCUGACAAGAGAGAUGAGUUCAAGAUUUUCCCUCCUAAAUUAAUACCACUUGUCAAGGAAGGAGACUAUUAUUACGAUAUGGUUAUAAGCACCGGCGUUUGGAAACAUUCAGCAACAACAGCAAACAUAAGCAUUAGUAUCAAGGGCGAAAAUUACGAUCAGAGUCAGAUUCCACUAAGAGAAAAAGGGGAGACGAGCGAGCUUUUCGGACGUGGAAGUAUCAACGGCUUUGUUCUCGUGAUGAAAGAAUCAAUGGGCCCUCUAAAAGAGAUUACUUUGGAUCACGAUAAUUCGGGUGAUAAUCCGUCUUGGUUUGUAGAGACCGUAGUCAUCCAAGAUCGUCAGACCGAAGAAAGGUGGGUGUUCCCCAUUAAUAGGUGGCUUGCUUUGGAAAAAGACGACGGCCAAAUAGAGGUUACUGUGGAUAGCCGAUCUUACUCCACCUUCUCAGCUCAGGUUCGUUCACGUUUUGCCAGGAAAAUUGCCGACAGUCACCUGUGGAUGUCAGUGUUUGGAAAAGCAUGUAGCAGUACCUUUACACGUGUGCAGAGAGCUUCAUGCUGCCUUGCAGUUCUGUUUAGUGCAAUGAUAGCUAAUGCCAUGUUCUAUAACAUUGGUGGUGAAUCUGACGGUGCUAUACAGGUCGGGCCAUUUAAGUUUUCUUGGAAACAGAUAGUCAUUGGGGCACAAAGUGGCAUAAUUAUUGCUCCUAUAAACAUUAUUAUUGCCUUCCUCUUUAAGUCUAGCAGACCAAGAAAGAAAAGGAGCGAGAAAUACCAAGUGAUAGACGAGGCCCAACGACUUUUGGAUGAGAUAACAGACACCGGUUGUAUGCUUCCUCAUUUCUUUGUCUAUAUAGGCUGGUUUGUCUGCUUCUGUACAACCAUGACAGCAGCAACGUUUACGCUGUUUUACAGUCUAAUGUGGGGAAAGGAAACCUCUGAGCAAUGGCUUGCUUCUAUUUUAAUUUCCAAUGGACAAGAUAUUUUUGUUGUACAGCCAACGAAGGUCAUGAUGGUAGUCAUAGUUAUUUCCUUUCUCCUGACCACAAAGAACAAAGGCAAAUGCGAAGAAGAAGAAGAAACUGUUAUCGAUUCGCAGGAAGUUGAGAUAGAUUUUUUGAGUGAUGAUCCCAAACAGCGCUUUAAGAAAUAUCAACGGGAAAAAAUGAGGGAGAGAUCCAAAAAAGAAGCUCAGUUAACAAGCAUGACCAAAGACAUUAUUCUGCAUUUAAUAUUUGUCUUUCUCUUGGCUAUCGUAUCUUAUGGAAACAAGAAUGGAAAUCGUUUUCUGAUGACAACUGAGAUGAGAAAUCGAAUAACUAAGUUUAAUCUGGUUAACGAUGCACAUGAAUUAGAAGCAUGGUUAAAGAAGGAACUCAUAUCAAACAUUUAUAACCAGGCGUGGUAUAAUGGAGACGAGGAGAAUAACUACUUAUUCACUGAGAACAAAAUGUCGAUCUUGGUGGGAAUGCCUUGGUUGCGACAGCACAGAAUCAAAAUAGGUUCCUGUGGAUCGCUCUAUGAAAUCAUUUCCAAUUGCAACUACGAUUAUUCUCCAGACAAUGAGGACACGACUUUGCUAAGCCUUCCGGGAUGGAUACCCCUACCCCUCAAUACAUCAUGGCCCAGUGCUCUCCAAAUUUGCCCCAAGCCUUGGCGAUACCAAUCAGCAGCAGAUCUUCGCAACAACCCCAUCCAAGGGACAUACAACUCGUACGAAGGAGGUGGAUAUGCAGCAGUCAUGGGCUAUGAUGAACGCACUGCUCUAGGCGUCCUCCACGAGAAAAUUACGAAUGGAUGGAUCGAUCGCCAAACUCGAGCUGUAAUUAAAGAGUUUGCUAUUUUCAACGUGAAUACAAAUUUGAUCAGUAUUGCUUCCUACUUUUAUGAGGCCAUAGCUACUGGUGCAGCGUAUACUUCAAGAAGAAUUGAGACAUUUGAGUUGUACAGCACUCAGUCAGGAACUCUGAUGUUUUUCGUCAUUCGCCAGUUUCUUUUCAUGGCAAUGGUCCUCUUUUACUUCAUAGUUAUGUUAGUUCACCUUUAUCGCCAACGCUUAGAGUUUUAUAAGUCUGUUUGGAACAUGGUUGAUUUCUUCAUGAUCAUUUUCUCUGUAGCCUCUGUAGCAUUUUACAGGAUAAGAGCUACAAGCGUUUUAAACACCAUCAAAGCUAUUCAAGCCAAUCCUUAUGAAAUCGUGCAUUUUCACACAGCCUUGGAUUGGCUCAGUGUAGAAAAUGCGUCCAUAGCUGUAGCUGUUUUUAUGGUGACAGUCAAGUUUCUGAAUUUAAUUCGUUUUAAUCCACACGUAGUAUACCUGUUUUCAUCUUUUCGGCAAUCUAUAGGCUAUCAACUAUCGUAUGGAUUCUUCUUUCUGAUCGUGUUUAAUGCAUUUAUCGUCACAGGCAUGCAGUUAUUUGGUGGUAUAGUCCUUGAGUAUUCUAGUUACCUCGAUGCUCUCAUCUCACAAUUCGAAUUAUUGUUAGGAAAAGCGGUCCCAUUACAAGCUCUUCGAAGCGACAAACCCUUUAUUGGUCCUACGUUUGCAUUUUUGUUUUGUCUAUCUACAACAGUAUAUCUAAUGAAUAUGCUGGUUUCUGUACUCAAUGAGUCAUACGGUGACGCCAAAACGAACGCCGAGGAAAAUGUACAAGAGCUUGAAAUGGCACAUUUCAUCGAACAACGAAUAAAGGAAGUGUUCCAUGAUGGAAGUAAUCGGACUGAAUUAAAGUUGUUUGGCGAUGAGGCAACGUUCGCCAACAUGUGUCUUUCUGAAGCAGAGCCUUUCUGUUUGAAUUCUAAAAGUAUAAUACAGUGUACAAAGGAAAGAAUGCAAAAAGUGGAGAAGAAACUGCUUGCCCUUUUUCGACGAGCAGAAAACAUGGAAGCUGAUCAUUUUAAGGAGGAGAAUGACUUUAUGGAAAUGCUUUAUUCGAUGGCAAAUCCCUCUAGCUGUUACUUUAAUAGACUAUACAGAGAUGAUUUCUGA